AUGGCCAGUCCCGAGCCCGUCCACUUCUUCGACAUCACCUCCACCCUCCCGGGAGCAUCCAAAUCAUGGUCUCCCAACACCCUCAAAGUACGAGCAGCGCUCAACUUCAAGGGCAUUCCUUACACCCAAAGCUGGAUCUCCUACCCAGACAUCAAGCCCCUAAUCACCGGUCUCGAUUUGCCCCCUAACAAAGAUGGAAUUCCGUACACACUCCCCGCCAUUAUCCACAGUUCAGUUACUACCAACCCGCACGGCGCAAUGAUGGACUCUCUACCAAUCAUCGAACAUCUUGACAAAGUUUUUCCCUCGCCGCCACUCUUCCCCUCCGGUGAUGCGAGCUACGCGUUGCUAAUCGCCGUGAGAAAGAUUGUGAGUCUUGUUUGGCCCGCUUUUUCUUCGAGGGUUAUCCCGCGCGUGCCGGAUGGUCUGGACCCGAGGGGCCGAGAGUACUUUAUCCGCACCCGCACUGAGUGGUUUGGGAAGCCUUUGGCGGAGGUGUUGCCCACCGACCAGGAGAAGAUUGAUGAGUUGUGGACGCUUGUGGAGAAGCAGACUAAGGCGCUAGUUGAGAUGUUGCAGGGUCGGGAGGGCAAGAAGGGGCCUUUCUUGGAGGGGGAAACUCCUGGAUUCGCGGAUCUGUUUUUGGCGUGUUGGGUUGCUUUCAUGGAGCGGUUCGAUAAGGAGCUUUUUGAAAGACUUGUUGAUCAGGGGAAUGGAGAAAUUAGGGCUUUGUAUGUGGCUUGUUUGCCUUGGUUGGAGGGGCAGGGAGAGGAGAAGGAGUGGCCUGUUGCUCCGGCGACUGGUAAGACGACUUAA